AUGAAUCAGACCAGAGACAUGCCGCGGCAGCAUUCAUACCAUACUUCUCACGAAUAUCAGAGCGGGCAAAAUCCUGGAAUAAAUAUUCAGCAUGCAACGCCGUCAAGUAAUCAGUAUGCGAACCUUUCCUCCGGCUCCAGUCUACCUGGCGCUCUACAGCCCGGUAGACCGAGCGCUUCAUCGUCGAUAACUGCGCCUUCUACAAUCCCAACGCUGCCUCCGCUGCAGAAUCCUAAUCAGCAGAAAACCUCCUCGCGCCCAAAUACCGCAAGUCACGCUCAUAGCUACUCGCGCUCUAGCCCUGCAGGGCUUGACCAGCCCAAAUAUGCUCCAUUCGUCGGUACGCCAGAGAGCGGCCGAUAUGCUUCAACGCCCAACCACAAAUACACCUCCUCACAAACAAAUCAAAAUGAGAAUCUCUAUUCACCCCUAGCUUUGGCCGACGUUCGAAAUUUCAACGAAGCUAGUAUGACGGAACCGCAGAGCGCGCAUCCUUACACGAGUGAUGGCUACCCGACAGCAGCAACAAACAGCAAUUAUCUCGCUCCGUGGCCUGUCUAUGCCUUUGACUGGUGUAAAUGGCCAGUGCAAAAUCAGCAGCUGGGCGAGUCAGCCGGAAAGAUGGCGAUUGGAAGCUAUGUAGAGGAUGGGCACAACUUUAUCCAAAUCCUGGAGACGCAGGUGAGCCUGGAACAUGAUACCGAAGGACAGACAGAUCCGUCGCAAUAUAGCUUGAAUUACGUAAAGACCGCCGAAGCCACACAUUCAUAUCCAGUGACACGGAUAUUAUGGGAACCUGCAUCUUCCAAAAAGAAUUCUACCGAUCUCCUGGCGACUUCUGGUGACCAUCUGAGACUAUGGUCACUCCCGCAGCAAGCUUCAUAUAAUCCUAGCAACUCUAUAAACCGGCCAUCAAGUUCGAAUCAGCAAUCAGUCUCCAAACUCACUCCUCUCGCGCUUCUUUCGAACUCCAAGUCACCGGAGCACACUGCUCCUCUUACAUCUCUUGAUUGGAACACCGUCUCUCCUAGUCUCAUCAUAACUUCGAGCAUUGACACCACGUGCACGAUAUGGGACAUUCCUACUUUAACAGCCAAAACGCAAUUGAUAGCUCACGAUAAAGAAGUUUUCGACGUCCGAUUUUGCGCAAACAGCGUGGACGUCUUUGUUUCAUGCGGAGCCGACGGGAGCGUACGAAUGUUUGACCUUCGUAGUCUUGAGCAUUCAACGAUCAUCUAUGAGCCAUCCGAAAAGGGAAACGAUUCAAAGACUGCGAGCCCGAGCAAUAUAUCUCCGCCCCCAAACCAGCAAUCUAUUUCGCAAUCUCCACCACUCCUCCGCCUUGCAGCGUCUCCACAUGACGCUCACCUCCUUGCCACAUUUUCCCAAGACAGCAACCUGAUACGAAUUCUUGACGUGCGGCAACCUGGACAAGCACUUCUGGAGCUCCGUGGUCAUGCUUCAGCUAUCAAUUGUAUUGAGUGGUCGCCAUCACGACGGGGGACCCUCGCUUCAGGCGGUGACGAUAGCAUGGUCCUGAUCUGGGAUCUCUUGAACCAAAGCACCUCUUCCAGUUUGACAAACUCAACCAGUCAUUCGCAGCAAUCAUCUUCCUCGGCAGAUAUAAGAGGGCAAGGACCUGUAGCCAACUGGAGGUGCGACUACGAGGUAGGGAAUCUGACGUGGGCGCCUCAAAGCGGCCUGACUGGACAAACGGGGCGGGAUUGGCUUGGUGUCAGUGGCGGUAGAGGAAUAUGGGGCGUAAGUAUGUGA